AUGAUUGCGAUUGAUUUUGCAUUUGAGCAAUGGCAAUGGCAGUACCAGAUAUCUACUACGUUCUUCAUAUUUGUCAUUCUACCGGCAUUGUAUUACAUUUAUUGUAAAUAUGUGACGUCUUCCCCAAAUUCAUACAACAAGAUCGAGUCACCCAUCAAGGUGACAUUUCCGAUACCAGAAGAGGCAAGACCACAUUGGAAGGGGAAACGGUUGUACCCAAAGCCCAGUCUUUCUGUCAGUGAUGACCACACAAAAAUUCAAUGUUACUGUCCCGCCACUGGACAAGAUUUGGGUGUGUUCACUGCCACGACCAGAGAUCAAAUGGAUGAGAUGAUUGCAAAGGCUAGAAAAGCACAAAAGGAGUGGAGACAUAGCUCAUUUACAAGUAGAAGAAAGUUUUUGAAAACCUUGGCUAGAUUCAUAUUGGAGAAUCAAGAGAACAUUGCUCGUGUUGCUUGCCGAGAUUCGGGAAAGACAAAAUUGGAUGCUUCAAUGAGGGAGAUUAUGGUCACUUUGGAAAAAAUCAAUUGGAUUGUUGCUCAUGGUGCCAAGGUACUUAGACCUAGUCAAAGACCUGGCCCUUCCAAUUUUCUUUUGGGCUUUAUGAAGAAUGGCGAGGUGAGAUACGAACCGUUGGGAGUUGUUUCUGCCAUUAUAUCAUGGAAUUAUCCAUUCCACAAUCUCAUGGGGCCUAUAGUUGCGGCUAUUUUCACUGGAAAUGCCAUUGUUGUCAAGUGCUCGGAGAAUGUAGUUUGGUCAAGCACAUGGUUUGUCGAAAUGUGUCGUGCAAUUUUGAGGGCAUUGGAAUUGGAUGAAAAUUUGAUACAGUUGUGUUAUUGCUUUCCAAAGGAUGCUGACUACUUUACAUCUCAUCCAGGUUUGGACCACAUCACAUUCAUAGGAUCCAAACAAAUAGCUCACCAUGUGGUUUCCAAUGCGGCAAAACAAUUGACUCCAUGUGUUGUGGAGCUAGGCGGAAAGGACUCGUUUCUUGUAUUGGACGACGUUAAGGAUUUGAAUGCAUUGUCAUCAAUCAUUUUGAGAGGGACUUUUCAAAGUGCCGGACAAAAUUGCAUUGGAAUUGAAAGGGUGAUUUGCUUGCCAAGGGCUUAUGAGGAGUUGGUAAAGAUUUUGUCGAGCCGUAUAAAGAGUUUUAGAGUUGGCUCGGACAUUGAUCAGUUAGAUGAGAUCGAUAUGGGUGCUAUGAUUUCCGAUAAUCGUUUCCAACAAUUUCAGGAUUUGAUUGAUGAUGCAACUUCAAAAGGAGCCAAGUUGAUGUACGGAGGCAGGCCAUUUCAGCAUCCAAACUAUCCACAGGGCCACUACUUUGGACCCACAAUGUUGAUUGAUGUUGACCCGACAAUGCGGAUCUUCAAUGAAGAAGUGUUUGGUCCAAUUUUGACCAUGAUAAAGGCAAAAGACAUUGAUGAUGCCAUUGAAUUGGCAAACAGCACCGACUACGGCUUGGGAAACUCCAUCUUUGGUCGCGACUUCACACAAUUGAGUUAUCUUGCCGAUAGACUAGACAGUGGUAACGUUGCCAUCAAUGACUUUGCUACAUAUUACGUGGCCCAACUACCAUUUGGUGGGGUGAAAAAGUCUGGAUAUGGCAAGUUUGGAGGAGAGGAGGGUCUUACCGGACUAUGCAAUGCCAAGUCGGUGGUUCUGGAUAAGCCCUUUUUGCGGAUGCUUGGCGUUGCUACGGCCAUCCCGCCACCCAUUGACUAUCCUAUCGCAGACGAUAAGAAGGCGUGGCGGUUUGUAGAGAACUUGAAUAUUGCCGGCUACGACGGACGUCUCUGGGCAAAAGUGAAGUCAUUCAAAAACUUGGCCAAGAGUUAG